CCAGACAAAGAAUUUAUGACACUCACCAUGGAUAAAUUUCUGAAUGAUUUGGAAAGGGAAAAGCCAGUUAGGUUCACUGAUCAGCAUCUAAAAAUUGCAACUGAUAACUACUCUUACUUGUUGGGUUCAGGAGGUUUUGGAGCUGUUUAUAAGGGAAUUUUUAGUGAUGGAACCAUUGUGGCUGUGAAGGUUCUACGUGGAAGUACUGACAAGAAAAUUGAGGAGCAGUUUAUGGCAGAAGCUGGUACAAUUGGUAAGAUACAUCAUUUCAAUCUUGUGAGGCUCUACGGAUUUUGCUUUGAAAGAAACUUUAUAGCACUGGUUUAUGAGUACAUGGUGAAUGGCUCUCUUGACAAGUAUUUGUUUCAUGAAAACAAGACCUUAGGAUAUGAAAAGCUUCAUGAGAUUGCUGUUGGGACAGCUAGAGGCAUUGCUUAUUUGCAUGAAGAGUGCCAACAAAGAAUAAUCCAUUAUGAUAUCAAACCAGAAAAUAUUCUUUUGGAUAGGAAUUUCAAUCCUAAAGUUGCUGAUUUUGGUUUGGCCAAGCUUUGCAAUAGGGAAAAUUCGCAUUUAACUAUGACUGGAGGAAGGGGUACUCCUGGUUAUGCUGCACCUGAACUUUGGAUGCCAUUUCCUGUGACUCACAAGUGUGAUGUUUAUAGCUUUGGCAUGCUUUUAUUUGAAAUCAUAGGUAGGAGAAGAAACCUUGAUAUUAAGCUUCCUGAAAGCCAGGAGUGGUUUCCAAUGUGGGUUUGGAAAAAAUUUGAUGCUGGAGAAGUUGAGGAGUUGAUAAUUGCAUGUGGGGUAGAGGAGAAGAGUAAGGAUAUUGUGGAGAGAAUGGUUAAUUUGGCUCUAUCUUGUGUUCAAUAUAGGCCAGAAUUAAGGCCUAUAAUGAGUGAUGUGGUGAAAAUGUUGGAAGGUUCAGUGGAAAUUCCGAAACCUUCAAAUCCAUUUCAGCAAUUUAUGGAUGGGAAUUUCAUUGCUGGUCCAGUUCAAGUGCCAGUGACAUAUAGUACAAGUACUUGUGGUUCUUCUGUUAUGGCAUCUGAUUCUAGCAUUUUGCAUGCCACUUCUAUUAUGAGGAACCAUGACAUUGAAUUAGCCUCCAGCCAGGGCUGA